AUGACAUCCACCGCGUCCCACAAGUCACUGGCCACCGAAGGGAAGAGCAACUACACAGGGGAACAGAUCUUCGAGGUCGACAGCCACGCGAACAGCCAGGCCAGCAGCGAAGCGAGCGACAACUCACGGACCCUGUGGCAGAACGUCAAAAAGUAUCGAAAAGUCAUUUAUGUGACUUUUGGCCUCACAUCAGCGAUUCUUCUUUAUGGCUACGACAAUGUUGUCGUUGGCACAGUCUCUGCCAUGCCCGUAUUCCAGAGGGACUUCGGUAUCUUCUACGAAGGCAAAUGGAUCCUGCCGUCGACAUGGCUUGCUCUCUGGAACGUUGCGUCUCCCAUAGGUGCAAUGUGUGGCUCUGUCUUUGGCGGGUGGCUGCAAGACAAAAUUGGACGUCGUCUUGCACUUGCCAUUUCAUCCUUCCUUUCUGCUCUCGCGGUCGCCAUCAUGUACAUCUCCUACCUUCCGGACGACAUCAACGGACGACGUGUUGCCUUCCUUAUGGGCAAGUUCUUCCAAGGUGGCGCGAUUGGUGCUGUCAUGGCUGCAUGCCAGACAUACAUGUCUGAGAUCCUACCGCCAGCCCUACGAGGAUCUGGAAUGGCCUUCUUCCCUGUCUUUACAUUGCUCGGUCAGCUCACCGGGGCGCUGGUCGUCUACGCUGCUCUAGGCGCCGACAACGGCUACGCCAUUGCGUUUGGCUCCCAAUGGCCCUUCUCAUUUGUUCCUAUCAUCGUCGCUUUCUUCAUCCCUGAAAGCCCAACAUGGCUUGUUCGCAAGCGCAAAAUGGACAAGGCGCAUACUGCGCAAGCUCGACUGGACCCGCCUGGCACCGACACAAAAGCUAUCGUCGACAGACUUCUCGCAGACAUUGAGCACGAGGAACAGUCCGCCAAGGUCACUUUCGCUGAGUGCUUCCACAAGAGGAACUUCCGCCGCACAUUCAUUGUCAUGUUCGCGAACUCCCUUCCCGCUAUCUUCGGUCUCCCAUUGCUUGCUAAGGCGUCUUACUUCCUUCAGCUCAUCAACAUGAAGGCGAAUAUUUCCAUCAUCUUCCUUAUCCUGGGUAUCGUCUUGGGUCUUAUUGCCAACUGUGUAUCAGUCUGGAUCAUGGCCCGCGUUGGCCGCAGACCGCUGGUUGUCAUCAGCCUACUGAUUGCGUCGGCGCUAUGGCUGUCCAUGGGCAUCGCCAAUUGCUUUACGAUUACCCCUGCUGUUACUUGGUGGACCGCAGUGUCCAUGAUGAUUACCAUCAUCGUAGCCGGUGUCGGCGUCUGGCCAGCAUCGUUCGCCAUCGCCGCCGAGACAUCCUCCCUACAGCUUCGCGCUCGUACCCAAGGUCUCGGCUGGUGUGUCUCAGCACUCGCGACCGCUGUAUCUGGCCUUGCACUUCCUUAUGUCUUCAACCCCGACGAGGGCAAUCUUAGAGGCAAAACCGGAUUCGCGUACCUCGCAACAUGCUUGGCUGGUGCUGCUGUAGCCUGGUGGCUGAUACCUGAGAUGAAAGGCAGGAGCGUGGCGGACAUCGAUCGCAUGUUCGAAUUGAAGUUGAGUGCGCGGCAGUUUAAGAGCUGGAAGAGCGAGUCGACUGAGGAGUUGACUGAGCGCACCUAG